AUGCCCCCAGCCUCCGUCCGCGGCGCGACACUAGUGUGCCGGCCACGGAGCGGCGCGCACGCACCUCGAACCAGCGACCCACGCGCGCGUGUGUGUGUCAGUGUGUCAGUGUCAGUGCAGUAUCAGUGCAGUGUCAGCAUGGCGCGCUUACUCGCGCUGCUGCUGCUCGCGAGUGUCGGCGCUGGUGUGGCGGAGGACGCGCGGCCGCGGCGCACGCGCACUGCCGCCGACACCGCCGACCGCUGGCGCAGUCUGCUAGCUGAGUACUCGCGGGGCGCCGGCGCCGGCGGCUCCUGGUUCCCGAGCGCCAUCCCUGUGCAAGUUCCGCUGCAAGGAGACAGCAGCGGGCGCGCCUCGCUGUCGGUGCUGGUGGUGCCGGUGUCGUUCCCCGUGCCCGGCCUCGCCCCCGCCCCCGCCCCCGCUCCCGCUGCCGCCCCCGCCCAGUGCGCCGUCCCAGCCCCGAACCGCGCGGUCAGCGACCUCGCUCCACCCGCCUCUGACGAGGGUUUAAGUCAAACCUCUUUGUAUAACAACUUCCCUUCGUACAACGAGAUCCCUACACGGCCGCCAUUCACGAGCUCAGUACCUGUGCGGCCGCCGCCCACCCCGUACGGCCCGCCCGACCUGACCUCGCCGCCCGACGUCGUGCACCUGGACCUGACAGUGCGCCGCCGCCGCCUCCGCCGCCGCCGCUGCAGCGACCCUCGUUCGACGCCAGGCUCGCUAGGAAUGCGCCUUACUUCCCACCAGUUGCGGACUCGCGGCUCUUGCUAG